UACAGGUUCAGAGAAUCACAGCACGCGGCAGCCACUAUCAAAGCUUCCCCAGCAACAGCAAAGGGCCGCCCUUCCCUGGAGAAAGAAACCCCCACUCCCAACUCCCUCCCCUCCCCUCCACCCCCAAUGGCGCUCGAGGCGCAGGCCUCCCCGUUGCCCUCGCCGCGCCGCUCCCCGCCGCGCGCGCCGGGGGCAGCCGAAGGCGCCGGGGCGGGGGCGGAUCCUCCGGCGCUGACGUCGGCGCGGGAGACGGCGGGGGACGAGUGGCCGGACCCGGAGAAUCCCCCCGCCGUCGCCACGCUGCCACGCUCCCCUCCCGCGGCGGACCUCUCCACCGCCGUCGUCGUCGCCGCGCGGCACCACGCGGCGGCCGCCAAGUACGUGCCGCCGCGCGCCGCGUCACGCACCGCUGACCCGGACCCUGGCCGCUCUGCGGGGUGGUACUCGUGGAGCGGCCGCCGCAGCGCGCCUCCUCCCCGUCGCGCUCGCCCCGAUCCGCCGCUGCCGCGGCGACAGCGCCCGGCGGAAGUGCCGCCGCACCCGCAGGCGCCGGCUCCUGCUCCCGUCCGCGCUCCGGCUCCUGCUCCCGUCCGCGCUCCGGCUCCACCCCCGGCCCCAGCCCCAGCCCCAGCACCUGCCCCUGCCCCUGCCCACGCCACCACCCCGGCUCAGUUUGGGUCGGCUGACCGGGUGGUGCCCAACAUCCUGUCGCGCAAGCGGCGGGUCGCGGCGAUGCAGCGCGCCGCGCUGGUGGCGAGGGGCGCGGCCGCGGGGCUCUGCCUGGCCGCGCUCGCGGUGCUCGCCGCUGACUCCGGCAAGGGCUGGGCCCGCGACUCCUACAGCAACUACAGCCAGUUCCGGUAUUCGGAGGCGGUGAACGUGAUCGGCUUCGUGUAUUCGGUGUUCCAGUUCGCUGUGCUGGUCGGGCUCAUGAGGAAGAACAAGCAUUUGGUUCCCCAUCCCAAGCGUGAUCUCUUCGACUUCACCAUGGAUCAGGUGCUGGCAUACCUUUUGAUAUCAUCAUCAUCAUCAGCGACUGCCCGAGUAGGUGACCUGAUUGACAACUGGGGAAGCGACCCCUUCCCGAGCAUGGCGAACGGCUCCAUCGCUAUAUCUUUCAUGGCUUUCAUAGUUUUUGCCAUCUGCUCCCUCAUCUCCGCGUACAAUCUGUUUCGCCGAGACAUGUAGCUGCUCGUUAACUUCUUGUUACCCUUCAAUUUCUGGGCAAAGUUUUCAGCACAGACUUCAUUGUAUUGUCAAUGUAUAUAUAUGGUGGUAUCUGUAAACUUCUAGCAAUAAUAUAUCUCACUUCUGUGUUGAACAAAA